AAUUUGCCCUGCCGUGAUACGUGAACUGAUAUCAAUAGGUUAACGUUAUCUUAACGUAGCAUAGCCUGUAUAUUUUUAAGUCAGUUACAUGGCGAGCAACUAGCUAGCCAAAUUUGAAGGCAAGCGAUCAAUAUGCAUAGCCACAAGAAAACAGGAGUCAAUAGCAGCCUUUUCCUCGGUAUAUGAUGUAACACAUUUUACUUUAGGUUAGUCUCGCGUGGCAAGCAGGUACCUGCUAAGUUAUGUUACUAGUUACUCCCCUCGACUUUCAUUGAAGUAACUUUAACAUUAGUUGGUGAUUGACAUUAAACGUCAUCUUGCACGAACCUAUGCGUUUCACCUGUUGUGCUGAGUAGGUUGCUAACUUAUCAGUUUGUCGCCAGCGUUACUGCUUUUGCUCAACUUAAUGCAAAGUCCUUAUAAUGUCUCUGCUGUAAUGUGAACGGUCUUGUGACAAACAAUAUUAUUAAUGACAAAUGAAUGAUCAAGUUAGCCAACGCUAGCGUUGUACUGCACCUGUUACUACAUGUUCAUCAAAAAGAAAAUGACACUUGUCAAUUUGUAUUGUUUCAAAGCGGGUUAUUAACGUACUGCUCACUUCAAUUCAUGUGAUUUGAUGCGUUCCCCCCGAACAGACUAAAUGGCCUAAGUUUGAUAAUCGUUUAGCUGGCAUUGCUAGUUCGUCGUUCCCCGCCCUAACUUUACCCCUGGGAUCUACAACACUUCCUGUUUAAGCAUAAUUCACGGAUUGGAAGGACAAUGUUUGAAAAUGUCCCUACAGUGUCGUCAGUGGAGCGUCAGCAGGUGCUUCAAGCUCUUGAGCGGCUGCAGUUGAAACUGGUGCAGCAGGAGGAGUGGACCCACAGCGAGAGACUCGGUGCCCUAAGAGAUGCUUUGCAGAGUCCCCUGCUUGGACACAUCCUCACCCUGCAGCACUCCGUCAAGCAGCUCAAAGACCAGUUGAAUCGUAUGCCCCCGGAUGCCUGCAGCGAGUUCAGCUUCUCCCGUAAAGGCCAGCUCAUUUUCAGUGCCAGUGUUCCCCCGAGCUGUGGGAGUUCUGUCAGGUCUAAUGGCACGGGCUUAUCAUCCUCGGCCAGUGUGCAUUCUUCUAAACAGCUACAGAUGUGGCUCCAGGUUGCUGCUAAGGGAAGGAAGACUGAGCAGGUCAGCCUACCGAAGCCACUGUCUGGAGGUCUGGGCUUCAGUGUGGUGGGUCUGAGACCCGAGGGAGUAGGCAGCCAUGGCGUCUUCAUCAGACACAUACAACCAGGAAGCAUCGCUGACAGGAGUGGCAGACUCCACGAGAACGACCAGAUCCUGGCCAUUAAUGGAAUGCCUCUGGAUGAAAAUGUGACUCAACAGCAGGCCCUCAGUCUUCUGCAGCAGGAGAAGGAGCACGUCGAGCUUAUUGUGGCAAGGGACAAGGAUUCUGCCCUAGGAUCCAUUAAUACGGAACAGUGGGGUCAUGUGGAGGAGAUCGAGCUGGUGAAUGAUGGCUCAGGGUUGGGCUUUGGCAUUGUGGGGGGUAAAGCCACAGGUGUAGUCGUGAGGACGCUGGUUCCCAACAGUGUGGCCCACAAGGACGGACGCUUGCGCACCGGAGACCACAUCCUGUGCAUUGGAGACACCUCCACACAGGGUCUGGCUAGUGAUCAGGUGGUUCGAGUUUUGCAAGAGUGUGGCAGUCAUGUGCGUAUGCUCAUCGCUCGUGAUCCUCUACGGCUGCCUCGCCAGGCUCCCCCUCCACCGCCAACCCCCGUCACGGCACCUGUGGCAGCCUUACCUCCCCCACCUGUGCCCCUACGAAGGACCAGCCGAGCCAGCCAAGCCAGCCAAGCUCCCAACUUGGAGGGCUAUGAGAUCCAUGAAGUACCCCUGCAGAAGAGGGACGGUCAGAGUCUUGGCAUCUCCAUCAUAGGACGCAAUAACUUAAGCAGUGAAGGUGCUGUAGGGGUGUAUGUGAAGCAUGUGGUUCCUGGGAGUGCUGCGGAUCAGAGUGGGAACAUUUAUGUCCAGGACAGGCUAAUAGCGCUCGAUGGAGUGAACUUGCAGGGCUUCAACAACCAGGAAGUUUUGGAUGUGAUGAAGCGGACUGGCCAGACAGUUACCCUCACGCUUGUACGCAGGAUUGCUUCAGCCAGGCAUGUGCCUACAGAGAAAUCUCUGGACAAGGUCUCUAGACAGUCUUCUCUGAUGUCGCUGAAGAGGUCAUCAGAGGGCAGAGAUCGAACUGACAUUCAGAAAGCUGUCGUCACCAACAUUGCUUCAGAGCAACAAGCGCUAACCAAAACUGCCGACCCAAGUGGCCCGGUUGAGCGUGAGCUGAGGGAGAAGUGGGAGACGGCACUUGGACCACGCUAUGAUGUUCUGGUUUUGCAGAUGGACCCACUUAUCGAGGAUGACUCGGAGCUUCAGAAAAGCUCAAAGCUGCAUCCAAUACAUACCAUGCGUCUAGGGGUGGAGCUGGACUCCUUUGAUGGACAUCACUACAUAUCUACCAUAAAUCCUGAUGGGCCUGUGGCCAAACAUGGCUUACUAAGGCCAGAGGAUGAACUACUUGAGGUGAACGGAGUCCAGCUGUAUGGGAAGACCCGUCGGGAAGUCGUGGCGUUCCUUAGGGAAGUUCCUCCGCCCUUCACUCUGGUCUGCUGCAGAAUGCUGAGUGAGGAGGAACCAGAGAUGCAGGACUGGAGACCUGACAGCCCUGUGACCACCACACCAGAGCAGAAUGAUGAUGAUGACGAAGAAGAAGAGCUGGCGCUCUGGGCCCCUGAGGUGCAGGUGGUGGAGCUGGAGAAGGCAGAAAAAGGCUUAGGGUUCAGCAUCCUUGACUACCAGGAUCCUCUGGAUGCCACCAGCUCUGUCAUUGUGAUUCGCUCCCUGGUGCCUGGGGGUGUGGCGGAGCACAACGGUGGCCUUCUCCCUGGGGAUCAGCUGGUGUUUGUGAACGAUGUGUACCUGGACGCUUCCUCUCUGGCCCAGGCUGUGGAGGUGCUCAAGGCUCUGACAGCUGGGAAAGUCUAUCUAGGCAUCCGGAAACCUCUGGCAGAUGAAAACCAGACUGGGGUGAAAGACUGGCAGUCUGGAAGGGAAUUCAGUGUGGAGGAGCCUGAAGUGACGUAUCCCCUCGUUCAGGACAACCUGUCUACCCAUAAGGGUUCUGAGGAUCCGGUUCUGAGGAUCCGUGUCCAGUUUACUGAUAGUGUCUGUACUGUGUUGUUCCAGGGUUCUGAGGAUCAAGAGGAUUUUGAAAAUGACCCAGAGCUGAUCUUAGACAGCAUGCCACGCUACGCCUCGCCACUCAUUACCAGCGAUGACUACUCCCCCGGUUACUCCUCCCACCAACCCUACCAAGACAGCGGCUCCUUGGCCACCACUGAGGACAUGGGCUUCUUAGAGAGAGAGAUGGCUGUGGAUGAGGAGGAGGAGGAGGAGGAGGAAGAGGAGGAGGAAGAGGAGCAACAGGAGACAGUGGAGGGGAAUGCAGCCAUGUACCCCAGACAAGUCUCACUGAUGAAGGAGGAUCAAGCAGUGGGUGACCUCAUCUCGCCUGUCCCACAUGAGCUAGAGGAGCGGAAAGAAGAAGCAACAGAGAGUGCUACAGACGAAGAGGAGACAGCGAGACCUCCAGCUCUACCCACAGAGUUGCCUCCCACUCUGCCAAUAUCCUCAGGUGUUGAGACAGGCUACAUAUGGGCAGAAUCUGACCCCCAGAAUGAUGAAGGAUUGGGAUUUACUUUGACAGACACAGAGUCUCAACCAUCUUCUACCAGUGAGAAAAAGAAAAAGGGCCAGACAGCAGCGGUGUUUCCCCCUGGAGGAGAGCAAAGUUACUUGCCCCAGAGAGAGGAGGGGGAGGGGGAGGAGACUCCAGCGUUCAGCCACUGGGGCCCCCCUCACAGGGUGGAUGUGUGGCAGGAGCCUGAGGAGUCUCUGGGCAUCAGUAUAGUGGGUGGACGUACACUGAUCAAGAGGCUGCGCAACGGGGAAGAGCUGAAGGGCAUCUUCAUCAAGCAGGUGCUCCCGGGCAGCCCCGCUGGACGCAGCGCUGCCCUCAAGACUGGAGACAAGAUACUGCAGGUUUGUGGAGUGGACCUUCAGAAUGCCAGCCAUGAGGAGGCGGUCGAAGCCAUCAAGGCAGCUCCGAGCCCUGUGGUGUUCGUGGUUCAGAGUCUGUCUACUACACCUCGACCCAUCUCUGUGUUGGCACCCAGCUACAGCAAACACAAGGCCAAGAGAAAAGUAUCUGCGCCGCCACUUGAAUCACCUAUGAUGGCGGCGGUCAGCCCAGCAGCUGUCCCUCCUCCCAUGCGUCUCCCUCCACCAUACCGUCCCCCCAGCAGACUGCCAGAGGAACAUCUUGACCAGGACAAUGAGCUGAAACAGGAUAGAGAGGGAAUCAGGCAGAGGUAUGGGGAGCUGCCCGGGGAGCUAGUGCUGCUGGAGCUGGAGAAGGACCGCCAGGGCCUGGGACUGAGUCUGGCUGGGAAUCGUGACAGAAAACAGAUUAGUAUCUUUGUGGUGGGGAUCACUGCAGGUGGCCCAGCAUACAAAGAUGGCCGCAUCCAAGUGGGAGAUGAGCUGCUGGAGAUCAACAACCAGGUGUUGUAUGGUAGGAGUCACCAGAGCGCUUCAGCCGUUAUUAAAAGUGCUCCAUUGAAGGUCAAGAUUCUCCUCGUCAGGAACAGAGAGGCCAUCAAUCAACUGGCUGUGCCUGCCUUCCCCACUCCACCGCCGCCUAUUGUGCCCAAUGAGGUAAGGAAAAAGAUUUAACCUCUUCACUCUUCAAUUCUUUAGGAUGCCUAAUAUUAUUAGUAAAAUUGGUAGUGUUAUAAAAUGCACUCUGUUUUCAAGAAGUGCUAAGUUAGAAGUUAAAUGCCACAAGAAAUCACCAGCAUAAACAUAACUUGUGUGUGCAAAAAAUGGCACCAACACAAG